AUGGAGCCUCUCCCCUCCCAUCGCCAGUUGAUUACAUCCCUCAUAAGUUCCAUCUCCAAUAUCGCGCCACCAACCACCGCAGAAGACACAUCAUCAGUGCAGCCACUUCGGGCCGCUCAACACCCUACAUUAUCACCCUUACAAACCAUUCUCCCCUCUCAACGGCCUCUACUAUUAACUCUUCACGUGCUGUUCCCAACUCUUCUGCUCCCAGCGCUGGAUCUUCUCGAUCGGGGACUCGUUAUCAGGCUAUUGCGAAAUGAGGAGCUUCAAGAUGGGAUUUCAUCAGAUAAGAUAAAGAACGACAUGUUUCUUGUUCGCUCUCUCGCUACAACACUUUCGCGCCGGACGCGAGACUUCAGUUCAUCAUUGAAGCGCUACGUUAUACAUCUUGAUGCGUGGAAUUGCACAUGUCCGAGCUUUACGUUGGAUGCUUUCCCGGCCCAUGCUCAUUCUCAUGCUGUCUCAACAACAACCCAAGUGCAGCAAUUACCAACUGAAGAUGGGCAGUGGUCUUUUGGAGGCAAAGGUAUAGAUCCAUGGGGUGAUGCUCCUCCAUGUUGCAAACACCUCCUUGCAUGCUUACUUGUUGAUAAAUGGUCAGAAAUGCUCGGUAUGUAUGUUGAGGAUCGGGUUGUAUCAAAAGGUGAAAUGGCUGGUAUCGUAGCCGACUUGUAA